GUUAAUUUGGCGGCCUAGCUUCAUCUUGCUGGCCUGUCCGGACUCGUCUGAACGGUCUCCUGCUUUCUGGCCCACCUCGGACUUCUGAGAUCCCAAUGACCUAGGCUAUGCCGACGUAACGUCCUGCAACCCCCAACUGAAAUGCAUUGUUGUCCCUGAUUAAUCCUUAUUACUAUGUCCCUUUUCUUCGUGUACGUGCCUAUUCUGCCGAUGCUUUCCUUUAUUACUUAGACCUAAAUUCUACGGUUCUCACACUUUGAGCCGAUAUUCUAAUCACAUCUCAAUUGUCUCUUUGCUUCUGACUCUGUGACCUGAAUAACCACGGAUGGGCAGACUUAUCCGUCUGCUCACAUAACCCUAUGUUUAUCGUUGGCUUUUCGACCUCUUCUGAAGAGUAUUUUCCUUUUCGCACUCUAUUUGCAUUAAUUUUUCAAUUAGACGUAACUCUCUUCGGACCUGGCUCUAACCUAUCCUCGGUUGACCAGUCUCAUUCUUCUCACUGCUCCCUGACAUCCGAGACGUUAUCACUUAAGGCUCUACAUUCCAAACACUCUGUUCCCUUCAUCUCCAGACCUUUCCUUGGCAUGCUAAAUGGCUCAUCAUAUAGUCACUUUCGUCCCGAAAGCUCCUUUCUUAUGACACUCACCUCUGCUAUCCACAAGUUAAUUUGGCGGCCUAGCUUCAUCAUGCUGGCCUAUCCGGACUCGUCUGAACGGUCUCCUGCUUUGUGACCCACCUCAGACUUCCGAGAUCUCAAUGGCCUAGGCUCUGCCG